UGUUUGUCUGCUUGUUUGCUUGUCUGCUUGUCUGUCUGUCAAUUUGUUCGUCUGUUUGUUUGUUUGUUUGCUUGUCUGCUUGUCUGUUUGUCUGCUUCUCGUCCAGGACGGUGUGCCGGAGAGUCAGUCUAAGGCCGCAACGGGACGCCUCGCUCUUCACCGCACGGGCAAUCAGCUCACAGACGCCCAUGCGGUGCCCCGGUGCCACGGUAAAGCACCGCAUCGGGGGGUGCCCUCCCUUGCCCAGCACUCGAAAAUUGCCAAGCAUGGCCCGGCUGACCCCCUGCUGUGACGGGUGGGCGGUCUCUGGCUGCUUCUCCAUCUCCUCGCUGGGGGUGCAGAUUAUCCGCGCCGCCUCCGCCACAUAGCGGCCCACUGCUGUGUUGAUGCGGCCGCCGAUCGGCGAGUCGCCGAUGGGGAUGGGAGGGGGUGAGCUGUCUUUGGUGGGGUUCUUUUUGUUGAUGCACACCAGGGCGUCCGGUGGGAGGAUGGUGGGCUCCGUCCUGAAGGGGAUGCGCUGGGUGAGGGAGGCCAUGAUGCCGCGUGAGGGCUCCAGGGCCUUGUUGAUGGCGUCCAUCGCAAGCUGCGGGAUCGAUUUGUUGAGGAAGUGGGAGUAUGCGGCGAUGAGGGUCUUCUCAGCCGUCUCGCUGUCGUCCGACCUCUCGUCAUCGUAGGGUCGGUCAGGCCGAUAGCCGCACACCCCCGGCAGGGUCUGCAAACGCCUCCCGUGCCGGGGGGGGACCAGCCCAGCGGCCGACACUGACGCCCCACGCUCCAACAGUCGGACCAGCACAUCCUUGGUCGCGUCUGUGCUGCCGGCGAGCUUGCGCAGCAGGGUCACGCCGUCGCUGUUGGGCGUGUCCAGGUGCUGGGCGCCGUGGUGGAGCAGCCGCGUCACCGUGGUGGAGUAAUUCUGCUGGAUGGUGUUCAUCUCGUCGAGAUACGCGUGCCAGAGGGGCCGCUUGCCCUCCCCAUCCACCACGUUCACGACAUCCCGGCCCAGCUUGGCAACGAAGAAGUCGAUGAGCAGCUCCUGGCACUCGGGGUCGGUCAGCGGGUGCUGGCAGAAGCGAUGGAUGGGCUGCAUCCCAUCCUCCACCUCCGUCAGCACAGAUGCGUCACGAUCGGCGAUGCUCUUGAUGACGCUCAGCACCCCCUGCGGCUGUAGGGGACGGAACACGCGCCUGUCGUUGUCGUAGCCACCUGCUUGUGCGACGGCGUGUAGCAGCUUCUGUCCCCCUACUGCAGCGGCAUGCUGCGGGACGAGCAUGGCCUCCACCAAAUCCCAGUCGCCCUUCUUGGCCGCACGGCUGAGGGCGAUGGCACACUGCCCAUCCACAGCCGCAGGGCACCCCGCAGCGAGAAGCAGGCGCACGAGGUCGUCGGUGUCGUUGCCGCCAUGGUACUCGGCGACCAAAUCGAUGAGCGUCCGGGCGGCACCGCCAUUGGUCGCCGUGAUGACCUUGGGGUCGGCUCCAUACUGCUGUAUCAUGCAUCUUGCCGCUGCCGCCUUGAUGUCGCCGCACACAAUGCUCUUGGCCAGCUGCCGUGUGGCCUGAGAGGCGCCGUUGAAGGCGAUGGUUGUGGCGGAGUCGCGAGGGUUGCGGCCGAACGCUGAGGCGUUGUGGUCGAAACGGCGGAUCUGCACCUGGUCGGGCCAUGGGGCUGGGGGGCUCUGUGUUGUAGUGAGGGCGGUGAACGGCGCCGGGGGCUGGGGAGAGCUCCACACUGACGAGGAGGAAACCUGAAAGAUGAUUCCACACACGCACAGAAAGGCCAUGUGUUGUGUAUGUCCCGCAUAAUAUCUUGUGUGUUCCGGCCACCGACCUGUGAGGUGUCUUGAGCGUGCCAUACAGUGGUGUAUCUGGAGGAGGGCAUCGGGUCCCAGCCGCUGUCGCUGACCACCACGAACAAUGUGUCUGCAUCCACACAGACGCUGCGUCCCUCCUGACUGGUCGAGCAGAUCAUGGAGCCGCCGCCGAGUCCGAAUCCAGAGUACUGCCGUCGGGCCCUCUUCUUCUCCCGCUGCUUGAUCCUGCCGUCUGGGCCGACUAUGGCGUAGCAGUACACAUGGUCGCCCGUCGGCACAGCCGCGCUGAGGGUCCAGGUGUGCUGUCGCGCGACGUCUAUGCCUGUCGGACGCGCCAUCUUGAGCACCUUGCCUCCAAUAAUCAGCGCAACUGUGCCAAACACACACAUGGUGGACAUCACUCUGCCGCAUGCCUGCAUUCCGUUUCCUUUGCUGUCCGUACCUGCGUCGCCGGGCUCCAUCCGUGGUGCGCAGUAACCUGCGUCUUCUUUGAAGGUGACCGGCACCACAUGACUUGGUGCUUGAGGCUGCUCCGAUGCCGACGAAGCCAUACUACAAGUGAUGGUCACUGUUUUCUGAACUAAAGCCUAAAGAGGCCCUCCCUCUCGGCCGCCCGCCUCCGCGUCAUGCCGAAGGCUACAACCAUGAGGGAUCGAGAAAAGCAGAAAGAGCAGCAGUGAGGAGCAC